GCGUUAUUUGAGGCUUUUAAAAAUUUAAACGGUUUUACAAUAAUCUGCAAAGCAAAUAUUGUGUGUUACUGCUCGGAAAAGCUUGUUUUUAAUUAGCCUAAUCUGCGCCAUGAAACUUGGUACCAAAGAUGAAAUUUCCAGCCAACCUCAACAGCACGAUGCGUCGGACGAAGAUGACGAGGAAGACGCGCAUGAAACAUCUAGCAUAGGAAGCACUUGUACCGAUAACACCUCCAACGGAAGUGAGAGCCAUGCCAAUAGGAAAAAGCGGCGCCGCCAGAGGAAAAAGAUUCCAAAGUCUGUUAAACCGCUGUACAAGUUCUCGUGUUAUGUAAAGGAGGACCACGGCCAGCCGUUGUUUGGAUGCCAGUUUAAUCACAAUCUCAAGAAAGGUGAGCUACCGGUUUUUGCCGCGGUCGGAAGCAACCGUGUUACGAUCUACCAGUGUCAGGAAAAUGGAGACAUUAAACUGCUGCAGUGCUAUUCGGAUCCUGAUGUUGAUGAAAUUUUCUACACCUGUGCGUGGUCUCAUGAAACCGAGACCGGUCGACCGAUUCUUGCCGCAGCUGGUUUGCGUGGAGUGAUUCGAGUUUUCAGUCCAGCGACCUUGAAUACCUACAAACACUACAUUGGUCAUGGUCAUGCUAUCAAUGAAGUGAAAUUCCAUCCAAGGGAGCACUAUUUACUUCUAUCCGCUAGCAAGGAUCACUCGUUAAGAUUGUGGAAUACUAAGACGGAUGUUUGUAUUGCACUGUUCGGGGGAGUAGAAGGCCAUCGAGAUGAGGUAUUAAGCGCGGAUUUCGAUAUUCUGGGGAACCGGAUUAUGUCCUGUGGAAUGGAUCAUUCACUGAAGAUGUGGCGAUUGGACACAGACACAAUGAAAGAUGCUAUUCGAAGCAGUUUUACGUUUAACGCUUCCAAAGUUGUUUAUCGAUUUCCAUCUGUAAACGAACAUUUUCCUGUUUUUUCCACCCGCGAUAUUCAUCGUAAUUAUGUGGAUUGUGUCAGAUGGAUCGGUGAUUACGUGCUGUCCAAGUCCUGUGAGAAUUCGAUUGUUUGCUGGAAGCCAGGGAAAAUUGAGGAUGUGGAGGUAAAAAAUAACGAAACCACCACCACCGUUCUGAGUACGCUCGAGUACAAGGACUGCGACAUUUGGUUUAUUCGUUUCUCGCUAGACUACUGGCAGAAAUAUCUAGCUCUAGGAAAUCAGACAGGAAAAACCUUCAUCUGGGAGCUGGAUACGGACGAUCCGGUGCACCCCCGGUGCAGUCAGCUGUUUCAUCCCAAAUGUACGACGGCGAUUCGGCAAACCUCCUUCUCCAGGAAUGGUGAUAUCUUGAUUUGCGUUUGCGAUGACGGAACGGUGUGGCGUUGGGAUAAAGCGUCGCACAGUUGA